AUGGCAAGGCAAAGGCAGAGACUUUCCUUUUACUUGCUCUUCAUUCCGGUCACUUUCUUCUCCGUAGCAGUCCUCCUUACCUGGAACAGUCUCGGCCUCCUCUGCUUCGCCGGCUUCAAAGUUAGGCCUGUCGCCGCCUCCAUCUCCAUCCUUGCCAUCGCCGACGGCCAACUCGUACUGUCUCCCAAUUCCUCAAAAACACAUAAAAAUCCCAACUUUCUGCACGUCUCGCGGAAAGCAUACACUAGCUCCAACUCGUACUCUGCUCCAUCUCCGCGUCCCCUCUCGUUCUCCGCUCGCGCCACCGCCUUCUUCCGCGGCCAUCCCCCCUGCGCUGCCCGUUUCCACAUGAACUGGAUCUCAAAGCACCAAAACUUUUCCCAAAAGGAGCUUCUUUCCAUUGAAAGCAUCUUCAAAUUCCACCCCCAAGCCUGCCUCCUUAUUCUAUCCUCUUCGAUGGACUCCCCUGCCGGUGCCCAGCUACUGAAACCCUUCACCUCCCUUGGUUUCCGCAUUGCGUCCAUAACCCCCGACUUUGGCUUCCUCCUCAACCAAACGCCGGCCAAACGCUGGUUCCGACGACUACAACAAGGCCGCAUCAACCCCGGCGAAGUCCCUAUAGCCCAAAACCUCUCCAACCUCCUCCGCCUCGCCGCCCUCUACAAAUUCGGCGGCAUCUACCUCGACACCGACGUCAUAGUCGUCAAGGAAUUCUCGGCUCUUCGAAACGUCAUUGGAGCUCAGACGGCCGACAUCGCCGGUAACUGGAAUCGGCUCAACAAUGCUGUUUUGGUUUUUGAUAAAAAACACCCGCUUUUGUACGAGUUCAUUACAGAAUUUGCGUUGACGUUUGAUGGGAGCAAGUGGGGUAAAAACGGACCGUACCUGGUGUCGAGGGUAGUGGAGAGAGUGAAGGGAAGGAGACGGUUUGAGUUCAGCGUAGCGCCACCGCCGGCGUUUUAUCCGGUGAGCUGGACGAAGAUAGAAGGAAUCUUUAAGAGGCCAGUAGAUAGGAUGCAUGAGAAGUGGGUGGAGGCGAAGCUGGAGAAUAUAAAGCGGGAGAGUUUCGCGGUGCAUUUGUGGAACAGGUGGAGCAGAGACAUGGCGGUGGAGGAGGGAAGCCUGAUUGGUAGAAUUUUUGCGAGUUGCUGUGUGCUCUGCAACUCUUCUUCAUCAAAUCAGCUAUCAAAAUGA